CCCGGACGGAGUGGCGGCCGCACCUUUUGGGGUUCGGCGUCUCUUCGGUCUCGGCGCUGCCUCAUGGCUUUCAACUUCGGGGCAGCUGCUGGCGCCGCGGCCGCCCCAAACCCCGCGGGAGCUUUUGGGGGGUUUGGAACCACCACCACCACAGGCGGAUCUACAUUUAGCUUCUCAGCUCCUACAAACACGGGGCUGUUUGGAGCUACCCAGAACAAAGGUUUUGGAUUUGGUACCAGCUUUGGAACAGCACCAAGUACAGGAACUGGGCUUGGCACCGGUUUGGGAACCGGUUUAGGAUUUGGUGGUUUCAGCACCCAGCAGCAACAGCAACCAACACUUGGAGGCCUCUUCAGCCAGCCUGCUCAAGCCCCCAUACAGUCCAACCAGCUGAUAAACACAGCAAGUGCUCUUUCUGCCCCUACCCUCUUGGGAGAUGAGCGAGAUGCUAUUUUGGCCAAGUGGAAUCAGCUGCAGGCAUUUUGGGGCACCGGCAAAGGGUAUUUCAACAAUAACAUUGCCCCAGUGGAAUUUACGCAGGAAAACCCAUUCUGCAGAUUUAAGGCUGUGGGCUACAGCUGCAUGCCCAACAAUAAGGAUGAAGAUGGCUUGGUGGCACUGAUCUUCAAUAAAAAAGAAACAGAGAUUCGUAGUCAGCAGCAGUACCUUGUGGAAUCAUUGCACAAAAUCUUGGGUUCAAACCAGACGCUUACUGUCAACGUAGAAGGUGUAAAGACAAUGCCAGAUGACCAAACAGAAAUAGUGAUCUACGUGGUUGAACGGUCACCCAACGGGACGUCCAGGCGAGUUCCAGCCACCACCCUGUAUGCACACUUUGAACAAGCAAACAUCAAAACCCAGCUGCAGCAGCUUGGAGUGACCCUCACCAUGGCCAGGACAGAACUCUCUCCAGCACAGAUUAAGCAGUUGCUACAACAUCCUCCUGCAGGUGUUGAUCCUAUCAUUUGGGAACAGGCCAAAGUGGAUAAUCCAGAUUCUGAAAAGCUGAUUCCAGUGCCAAUGGUUGGUUUCAAGGAACUCUUAAGGAGGUUGAAAGUUCAAGAUCAAAUGACAAAGCAGCAUCAAACCCGAUUGGAUAUAAUAUCCGAAGAUAUAAGCGAGCUUCAAAAAAACCAGACUACAGCCAUGGCCAAAAUAGCUCAGUACAAGAGGAAGCUGAUGGAUCUUUCCCAUCGAACUUUGCAGGUGUUGAUCAAGCAAGAGAUCCAGAGGAAAAGCGGGUAUGCUAUCCAAGCAGAUGAGGAGCAACUCCGUGUGCAGCUGGAUACGAUUCAAUGUGAACUCAACGCCCCUACACAGUUCAAGGGUCGGCUGAAUGAGCUGAUGUCGCAGAUCAGAAUGCAGAAUCACUUUGGAGCUGUCAGAUCUGAAGAGAGAUACUAUAUUGAUGCAGACCUCUUACGGGAAAUCAAACAGCAUUUGAAGCAGCAGCAAGAAGGACUAAGCCACCUGAUCAGUAUUAUAAAAGAUGACCUGGAAGACAUAAAGCUGAUAGAACAUGGCUUAAAUGAGAGCAUCCCGGUUAGAGGGGGUGUCUUCAGUUGAUUGAUUGGCCCUUCCCAUUGACUGUAUGGGCACACAAAACAUGUUGCUUUCCUUGACUGAAAUUCACUGGGUGGUUCUUUGGACCAUAACCCGAGUGCCAGGCACUUGGCAUUCAACACUGAAGGUUUAGAAAGCUGCACUUGAUUUUAAGGUGCAAAGAUACUUUAAAUACUGCUCUGUGAUCUAAUCCUGAAUUUCUGUUAUGUCAACUAUGUCUUGUUUUGUUUUUUUUGUUUUUCUGAACAACACUUCCAAUGUUAAAUUAUCGGUAGGAAAUAACAUGUCCUCUCUAUAUCAGAAACCCACAAAACAACUGGUUUGGUGUACCUUGUGAAUCAUGCGCAUUAAAGGAGAAACACAUCUGUCCAAUGUUUGGGGGCAGGCUGUGGAAAGAAAUGCACGGGUGAAAGGUGUUUUUCCCUUUUCUUAACAAUCACGACCAAACAUGUAUAAUUUUAUAUCAUUUGAUUGCAUCAGGAUUUACAAUAUUACUCUUCUAAGAAGUAAUAAAAUCAGUGCUUUAUUUCUGUUA